AUGCGCCAGAUCCAUGGAGUCGUCAGACCCCCUGAUAUCAAACAUGCCUGCGCGCAUUGCCGGCGCGCAAAGUCCCGCUGUCAGGGAGGAGUUCCAUGUAGCGAGUGUCUACGUCGACGGAUCCACUGUUCUCUCGACGACCGGACGGCUGAGGAAGCUCUUUCCCCCUGUCGCCCGACAAGUGCCGUCGUCCCGGAGUCUCCAUCGUCCAAUGCAGACCGCUCCAAGCGUACACGGCACUUUCUGUAUCUGUACUUUGAGAAGUUCCACCCACACUGGCUCUUCAUCCAUCAGGGCUCCUUUGACGAGGACGUCGAAUCGCCCUUCCUGAUACAGGCUAUGGUUGUCAUUGGGCUGUGGAUGAGCGACGAGCCAGAUACGCGAUCGGCAGCAAUUGAGAUCCAUAAUACUCUGGCUAUGGCCAUUAGCCAGCAACGAGGCGUAUGGGAUGUCUCUAUUGCAGAAGAUGUAGGCAGUAUCCAAUGCCCAAUCUCCACUUACCAAGCAAUCCUACUGCAUAUAAUAUUCGCGCUCAUGCAACUCGGCGGGGCGAAUCUCGGCAUAGAUCUGAAGCCUUCUCUCACCCAGACCAACGCUGACCUGCUCAACUCGCUUGUCAGAAGUUGCAAAGCACGGGGGCUGUUAUAUUAUCCUCAGAUACUUUCAAUGUUUUCCCCUAGUGAUUCCCCUCCAUACCUCUGGCUGGGUAUUGAAGAGAUCAAGCGAUUCAAUCUGGCUCUGUACAAAGUCUACCGGGCCACUAGCAGCAUUGCAAACCGACCCAGUGACACACACCGAGAUUCAAGUCUGACUGCUCGGGAGUUGCAGUUUCCUUUGCCGGUAAAUACACCCUUAUGGAAGGCAGUGACCAGGACGGAAUGGGAUGCCGCAGCACAUGUCGGCGUGUUCGAUGCCCUGCUAGAUGAUGUCAAGGAGGGCAUGUGGAUCUCGAGGGCCGCUGAUGCCUAUGACUUUGAUCACGAACUAUGUGCAGAUAACUAA